GAUAUCCACUGUCGUGCCCGGUGCCAUAACAACUCCAUGCACAACACCAAAUCCCUUGUAUCAUUCCCCCUUUGUGACCUCACCUCCACUCCCCCCUCGCACCCUAGGGCAGUCAACAUGUUCACAGCCGACCUCUCCUGGACAGACCCCAAGACCGAAAAAGUCGGCGAACGCAGAGAGCGAAAAGCGCGCGAGAAGGAGAAGGGGAAAGAGCGCUCGGUAUCUUCCGCUACGCCGACAGCAACAACAUCCAGAGCCACAGCUUCAAUCAGCAGCGGGAAGAGUGCGGGGUCGAAAACACGCUGGAAGAAUGGGGAUGACCGCGAGGUGUUGCAAUGGUGGCCGGCGAGUUUGAAGAAAUUGAAGGCGUGCAAAGCACCUGGGGGCAGAGGCAAGCUGGAAGUGGAGAUGGGUAGUGCAAAAGCGAAGGUAUCUGCACGUCUGGCUACGAUUUCGUCGCCUCAGACAGUGCGUCUCGAGACUUCGACGCUGGGAAAUCGGAAUCAGAAUAAGGAAAGGGAUACUGUAGCCCAACCACCAUGGAUAUACUCAUCUUCUCCAUUCCAAACCCUCUCCUCCGGCACCUCAGUGCAUCCACCGCUUCCCUACUACGAAGCCCCCGGCAUAGAAGUCGAUAUCUCUUCACACGCGACCGCGAAUUCCGCGAACCCUUCAUCUCCCGAUCCACACCGCCGCCCACGCAAACCCCCUGCUAGCAACAUGCAAACCCUCAACCAAGUCCAACAGAUCCAGCAGCUCAGUCCCCACUCGUACGUCUCGCGCAUCCCGCGAGUGAGUUCCGAGGACGCGGAGGAGUCGUCGCCGCCCAGUCCAUCUUCGGGAGCGAAUGUUCGGCGAAGGAAAAAGAAAGUAAAUUCCGUCCGCGUGCAAGGGUGUCUCGACCUCGAAGCGCUCGGGCUGCAAGAUAAGUUGUUGCGGGAGCAACUGCAUACGGAAGAGCUUGGGUUACCGGAAAGGCAAGAGGCGCAGGUGCGGGUUCAGCAAGAGGACAAGGGAGCGCCGUAUGCGAGCGGUUUGCGGCAUGGGGAUUUAGUGGCGUGGAGACCACCGUCGGAAUGGGAUAUUGUGUUCCCUGGCUCGCCCUCAGCCGCGUUAGUUGUGGAGCAAGAAGUUCCAGAGAAACCGGCACCGUCAGUGGGAGAUGAUUCACAGAGCUCGUCCGUAGAAGGGAGUUCAGUCUCCGUCGAUGUCGAGGAGGGAGUCUACAACGCCACCUCCUCGGAAUCACAAGAAAGCGUUCUGGAAGAAGACCCGGGAGUCGAAGAAGAGGACAGUUCGAACGCCUAUCCCCUCCCCCUAACCCGCCUCCAACGCCUCAUCCGGCGCAUGGCGACCGCUCACCCGACAACCAUCCUCGACCGCCUCAAGCAAGACUGGAACCCACCAUUCCUCGACACCGUAGCCAGAGAGGAAAUGCAGCUGGAGAAACGGCUCUGGGUGAUAGCGGGUUUCCAGCAGCAGAAUCUGGGCCGAUACGGUCGGUUCCCUUGGGCGGAUACAGGGCGGAUAUUGCUGCUGGGCGGCGACUUGGCAGAAGCACUCCACCUCUCAAGCACUUACCCACACCAGCACAUCCAGCACCUCACAACCACCACCGCCCAACCAUCCCUACCUCCCUCCCUCCCCCUCCCCCAAAACAUUACCUCCACCACCUACCCCCUACACACUGCUAUUACCCUCCUCCCCCUCCCCUACCCCCCCUCCCACUUCACCCACAUCCAUCUCCCCACCUUUCCCUCCCUCCUGCCCUCCACCCACCUCCCCACGCUCCUCAACCAAUGCCACCGCCUCCUAGCGCCAGGCGGCAUGCUCGAACUGCGCCUCAUAAACGCAACCCCCAUCCCCGGCACCGCAGGCCCGCUCCUCAGCGCGUGGCUCGAGCAGCGACUAGCACCGAACCUCGAACGCGGGGUUUGGUGCUCGAAGCCGUGUGCGGUUGUGCGUGGGUGGGUGAGGGAUGCGGGGUUUGAUUUACCAGUGCAGAUAAUGGAGGGGGAGGGGAGGAGGAGAGUUAGGGGGGCUGUAGGGGACGGGGAUGUUUGGGCGGAGGUGGAGGUGGAGGUUGGAAGGGAGGUUUGGAGGGGGAUUUGGGGGGGUUUUGUUAGGGAGGGUGAUGAGGGAGAAGGAGAGGAAGAGGGGGUAGGGAGAGGAAAGGGGAAGGGGAAGGGGAGGGAGAAGUGGUGGUGGGAGGAAGAGGGGUUAGUGAGGGAGUGUAGGGAGUGGGGGACUGUGUGGGUGUGUGCGAGUAUUUAUGCUUUUAAGAAGUAG